GAUCUGCGGAAUCUCCUGUGCUCUCUUUUUAUUCGUGCCUGCUUCCAGGCUUCCUAGCGGGCGCCACUUCCUUCAGCUGGCAAGGCUGCGCUGCCGAAUUCCAUUCAUCAACACCAAUGCCGUUAUUGUCGUAUUUCUGUUCGAGAAACUUCUUCAGAUGAGCCAAAGGGCAGUGCCAGGUUAUUCUUGCCGACCAGCAAGCCAUUAACCACGGCCAUGGCGGACCCAAUCACUGCCAUCGGCCUGGCUGCCAGCGUAGUCCAGUUGAUCGAUACAACUUUGCAAGUCAUACAGUAUGCCAACAACGUGAAAGGUGCUUCGGCCGACCAAGCAAGAUUCGGAAUGGAAGCCAGCAGUCUCCUCGCCCUCCUGGUGUCCCUUCGCUACAACUUGGAACAGUCAACAGCCGAAGAUGCAUGGUUUGUUGGCAUUCGAUCAAUUGGAAUUAAAGACGGACCACUGGACCAGCUCAAGGAGGCACUAGAAUCGGUAGCAAGAAAGCUUCAACCUCAAUCCGGCCUGAAGAAGCUUGGUAGCAAGUUGAUUUGGCCGAUCGAGAAGCAAGAGCUUGUGUCGGUAUUACAACGGAUUGAGAGGACGAAGACAUUGAUCAGCCUCGCGUACAAUAGGGAUAAUCUUGCAUUAUCGCUUGCAAUCAAGUCUGGAAUAGACGAUGUAUCUGGCCGUAUAGACCAAGUCAGCGAAGGCGUGAAGACCGUGGAGAUACAUCUUUCGAAGCAAAAGAAAGAGGAAAUCUUAUCUUGGCUCUCGCCAUUGACUUAUGAAAGCAAGCACAAUGAUCUCUUUCAUCGAUAUCAAGAUGGGACUUGUAAGUGGCUGCUCGAGGCUGAUGAAUUUCAAGAGUGGCAAGCUACCACUGGGGAAAUUCUCUGGUGUCCGGGAAUGCCUGGUGCUGGAAAGACUACUUUGGCCUCAUUUGUCAUUAACGAACUUGAGCGUAGUCUUUCUGUGACAGAGAAAACCGGCCUUGCGUAUAUCUAUUGCAACUACAAAAGCGAGCAUCAGACUGCGAUUAACAUCGUUGGGAGUCUCCUCAGGCAGCUUCUGCACGGCCAUGUUGUUCCCCAGUGUGUCGUGGAUCUCUACGACACACAUAACAACAAAAGCUCCCGACCGAAGGUAUGGGAACUAACCAAGUGUCUAAAACAGGCCAUCGAACAAUUCUCCUACGUCUACUUUAUUAUAGAUGCUUUGGAUGAAUACGACGAAGGAGACGGUGUACGUGAUGUUCUCACCGGCGAGCUCUUGGAACUGGUCCCUCUCCCCAAUUCUCAUGUUCUGGUAACAUCACGUUGGCUGAGUAGUAUCGAACGGGCUUUCGAGGGCAGUCUCCGGUUGGAAAUCCGCGCCACAGAUCAAGAUGUUACCAAGUACGUUGAACAGCGGAUCGAGAACUCUUCCCGACUCCGGCGACGCAUGAAUGAAGAUUCUAAACUGAAGAGUGAUGUGGUGGAGACUAUGGUGGAAAGAUGUCAGGGCAUGUUUUUGCUCGCCCGACUUCACAUGGAUAAUCUUGCUACAAAGCCAUCCGUCAGGGCCAUCCAAGAGGCCCUGAAAGUUAUCCCGAGGAAACUGGAGGAGACAUACGAUCUAGUGAUGCAAAGAAUUAGUGACCAGAAUGAGGAUGAUGCAAACUUAGCACGAAGGUUGCUGUCGUGGCUCACAUACUCGGUCAGGCCGUUGACAGUCGUCGAGUUGCAGCAUGCCCUGGCAAUUGAGCCCGGCCAAGACCACCUGGACUCGGACAACUUGAUCGACGAAGAAAUUAUGCUCUCUGUUUGCGCCGGGAUCGUUACGGUAGAAGACGAGAGCAAUUUGAUCCGGUUCAUCCAUUACACGACGCAAGAGUAUCUGGAGCGUAUCCGUGAUGCACGAUUCCCUACCGCGCGGCUUGAAAUUACGGAGGCAUGCAUCCAGUAUCUGCAACAAGGUCCGGUCAGCGAACCUUUGCGCAACGCAAAGUUUACCGAACGUGUACGAUCUAGACCGUUCUACGAAUAUGCUGCUUUGAAUUGGGGAGCACAUGCCGAUGAAGACGUCCAGCGAGUUGCUGAAACGAGAAUCCUUGAAUUAUUGAAGAAUAACCCGAGAGCCACAGCCAUAGACCGAAAAUACCUGUAUCACCCUGGUGAUGGAAACAGAGUCCUUCCACCUCGACCGGGUGUUCAUAUUGCGGCGUACCGUGGAUUAUCUCACAUCCUCGAAUGCCAAAUCAAACAUGGGAUCAACAGUGAAGUUUACGACAAUCUGGGCCGGACUCCUAUCCACGUUGCUGUCUCGAGGAACCAAAGAGAGUGUGUGAGAAUUUUGCUGGAUAACGACAGGGUAUAUGGGAAGGAGCUCCAUAGAGCGUGGACUCUUAUGCGUAUCGCUGCCAUACAAGGACUGCCAGAAUUCGCACGACUGGCCAUCGAAAGUGAAGCCGAUUUCUUCAGUCAGCCUGAUCCAAUUGCAAUAUCAUAUCGCGGAUGGACCGUUCUCCACGAGGCAGUGUUCGCACGGCAUAUGGAGGUAGUUGAGAUUCUUUGUGAUUCUAGAUUUGAACCGAAUUCUGUGGACCUUGAAGGCAAUUCAGCCUUACAUCUAGCAGCGACAGAAGGUUACGACGACAUUCUCCGUACACUAGUCAGAAAGGGGGCCAACAUCAACAAACGUAAUAAGUGUGGCGAAACGCCACUCCACCAUGCGACUAUGAACCAUGAUUACCGGGGCCAGAAUAAUUGCAAAUUAUGUAUUCAAUCGUUACUCGAAUUCGGCGCUGAGGUCAACUGUAUGGACAACGCUGGUAGAACGCCACUCUAUGGUGCUUUGAUGUGGGGAAAAGACACCGCUCAACUUAUUCUCCAAAGCGGGGGAUGCUUGAACUUGACCGCUGAAACAUUCAAGUUCGCACGGAAUAUUCUCGGAUCCGGUUGUCGCACACCUUUUCCACCCACGGUCGUUCUCCAAGGAAAGGGCAUCAGUUUAGACCAAGCGAAUCAGAAAUAUUCCAAAACGGCGAAAGUGUUGCGUGAGGAGAGGUUAGGGAGGCUCCGUCACCACGGAAAUGUUAUCGACAUCUCUGGUUUUGAGAAACUUUUGGAAAUAGAUUCCUGUUAUUCAUUCAUCCGCGCUAGAAUAGUGAAGGCUACACGCAGCUUGCUAAGAUAUAGAAGGAGCUGGUCCGUAUCUCCCAUAAGCCUACCACUAGGUUCCUUGGGCUCACGAGGUGCAUUGCAGGUUCGUCCGAGACAUAAUCAUGCUAGAUUGGUAUUAUCGAUUCGUACGUAGAGAUAUGGCCAAUCUCGCGUUUAGAUCUCUAUCGCAGAAAUUUUGUACACUUUACAAACUCCGAAAACGGCUUUACGACGGACCGGCGGAAGAAGAUGUAAGGCCCAUUUUACGGUUGAUUGACGACUGCUUUGAUACGACAUUCGACGAGCUCGAAAAGUUCAAGCGCGCUGUAGAGGAUAUUUUCAACCCAAUCCAGGAGGAGUAUUGCAAUGUCUUGGUAUAGAGCGACCUCAAUGCUCCGCUGUGGAAGACCCGAGGAUCUGUAUAUAACAUUGAGAAUGGAUCCCGUAUCUGGCAGGGAGGGGGCAGAGUCCCAAGGCCCUCCUCUUCCUUCCAUGCUCAAGGAGCAACCUUCAUAUAUCAACCUCAG